AUGACCCUCUCUAUCGAGUUUCUAAAAAUCAUCUUUACUAUUCCACCAUUGUCCCUCUCUAUCUCCCAGAGCCUGCCCAGCUUUGGCCCCUACCUCCUGGAGAAGACCGAGGUCCUGGCUGAGUACAUGAAGAAACUGAAGGAUGCCAAUGACAACUUUAUGGGUGACACCAGUCCCUGCCGUGUAGGUGAGAGAGGGGCUGCCUGGAUUACAAAGGACACUCUGUUAUGUCUUUAUAUUGUUUUCUAAGACAACCGCGGACCACAAUAAAUCGGGUCAAGGGCCGCAUCCUGCUCGCGAGCCGCCAGUUUCAGGCUUCUGCUUUAGUGUUUGUGAUAGUACAUCUGUUUCUAAUGAAGGGAUGUUGUGACCAUUCUAAGGUAAUUUCAAGCCAAUAAAAGCAUGGGUAAAUCUUUAUAGUUGUAUCAUUUUUGUUAGCAUAUAAAGCAUUCCAGAGCAUGUUAUUGUUGUGUCCUUCAGCCAGACUUGUAAAUAACUAGCUGUGCUUGUUGUUGCUUGUUGUUAUUGCCAGACUAGUGACUAACUGUAAUUGUUGUUGUUAUUUCCCCUGCAGGGUGUGAUCGCCAGGGUUCUGAACCACAUCGUGUCCUACUUGGAGUUGGACAACCAGGGCCAGGUGAUCUCUCUCUGAUUGAUGAGGAGAUGUGCAUCAACUGUGGGAAAUAUUACAUGACCUGCCAUGACUCAGGAUACCAGGUACUAACAUACUGUACACACACACACACACACAGCCUAGUCUACUGUGAUGUUUCUCAAACGGCAUCUUAUUGCUUAUAUGGUGCGCUGUUUGGGAAAUAGACUGUCUUGUUUGUCCCCUCAGCUUGAAUGUAGCACUCUUGUAUUGUUUAUGUAACUAUCCUCUCAACUGGAGCGAGAUACACUCACACGGUGCAGUAAAACCCUGUUCCUUCCUGUAAGACUCUAGUUGAGUGAUUGAGUUCACCUGUUCUUGUGGCAGGAUGCUGCUGCACCAUUGUGGUCAUGUUGCAGACUAAUUUUCCUCUCUCCAUCCACCCAGUAGAUAGAGAGAAUGAGUCCUCUCUCCUAUGGUGAGUCGAUAAUUGCUCUAAUGUAAUAGCUUUUUUUCUCUCUCUGCUUCCUCUUAUUUUGCAGGCUAUUACGUUUGACCCUGAGACCCAUUUCCCAGUAAUCACUGACAGCUGUACCGACUGCACUCUCUGCCUCAGCGUCUGCCCCAUCAUCGACUGCAUCAAAAUGGUUACCAGGCCAAUACUGUACGUGCCUAAGAGGGGGCUGCCUCAAGCUGUUAAUCCCGUUUGCUAA